AUGAAGUCAAUGGACAGCUGGCAUACUGGAGCACCCGAGCCCGACCACAUUCAGCUGAUCCUUGGAUUGUGCAGGGAGGCUCGUGACUACACUUGGGCAUGGAACUGUUAAUGACAUCGUGCGGAUAAAGUGCUAGCGGCACGAGAGGGGCUUACGUUUUGGUUGCCUAAGUGGGCAAAUGAAAAGGCUAAUUGUAUACUCUCCUGUUUUCAACACUUUGCAAUAAAAUGUUCUUGAAAUUAUGGGGUAUGAAUAGUUCUGAGGGCCAACAAAUUAUAUUCUCAUAAUACGAUGGGCAGCAGAGAAUGGAAAAGAAGUAACUGUGAAAACACACAUCACAAUGACUAAAUGGAGUAUGUAAUAAAACUAAAAAUGGAAGUUAUCAAAUGGAAAACGCUAGUCAUGGCAGUGUUUCUUAUUCCUUUUUGGCACUGUGAAGGGAAGAUGGAAAAAGACUCCUCAUCUCCUCUGAGCUUUACUCGUCAUGUAUAUAAUGCUACCAUCUAUGAAAAUUCGGCCCCAAGGACAUAUGUAGAUGCAUGUGUGCAAAUGGGCAUUUACAUUAUGGAUCCUACAUGGGUUAUUAAGUACAAGAUAGUAUCUGGUGAUAGUGAUGGCUUAUUCAAGACUGAAGAAUAUACUGUGGGAGAUUUCUGCUUUUUAAUAAUAAAAACAAAGACUGGAAAUAUGGCUGUUUUGAAUAGAGAAGUCAAAGACCACUAUGUACUUACUGUUCAAGCCACCGAAAAAAACUUUCACUAUAAUGCUUGGACUAAAGUUGUGAUCCAGAUUUUGGAUAGAAAUGACUUGAAGCCACUCUUCUCACCCCCUUCUUACAGUAUUUCAGUUAAAGAAGACGCUGCAAUUCGAUCCAGCAUCGCUACUGUAAGUGCAACAGAUGCUGAUGCUGGUCCCAACGCUAACUUCUACUAUACAUUUAAUACAAGGACAGACCUUUUUUUCAUACAUCCUAGCAGUGGGGUAGUUAGACUAUCAGGCAAGCUGAACCAUACUCGUGCCAAAAAACAUGAACUUGAAAUUUUAGCAAUGGAUCGAAUGAUGAAGAUUGCUGGAGGCAGUGGCAUUGGAAAUGUGGCCAGACUUCUUGUGCAUGUGGAACCUGCUACCAGGAAGCCACCUGUAAUUACAUCAAUCAAGGUCAUGGACUCUGAUACAAACCGCAAUCCUUUAUAUGCUGUUAUCACUGUUAACUCCAGCAGUUCAGAUGCUGGAAUUAAUUCGGUUAAUAUAGUAGCUGGUGAUCCAUCAGAAUAUUUUAAAAUCAUAAGAUCCUAUGCAGAAAGUAAUGAAUUUAUGGUAUUGUCAAAUAAAGAAAUCCACUGGAUGAAAGGUCUUAAUGGGUUCAAUUUAAGCAUUCAAGCAAAAGACAAAAGUCAGCCACCUUUGUUUUCAUCUGUACAUAUUAUUAAUAUACAGCCACCAAAACAUGCUUUGUCAAAAUUUGAACAGAAGAUUUAUACAGUUGUACUAAGUGAGUUCACACCUCCAGGUAGCCUUGUAGUAAUGGUCAAAGUAACUCCAUCUUUUCCAGAUUUAAAGUAUACUCUCAUAUCUGAUAGCCAUGUUAGAAAAUUCAAAAUAAAUCCCAGAACUGGACUCAUUACCACAAGUGGACUAAUGAAUUUCCAGGAAAAGUCUUAUUUUAAAUUAAAAGUAAUAAUUGGUGAGGAGCUAGAUACAGCCGUAGUCCAUGUGAACAUUAAAGAUGACAACAACAAUGCUCCAAAAUUUUCCAAAUCUUCAUACUACAGUAGUGUUAAUGAAAAUGUUCCUGUUGGCACAACAAUCUUAGAAGUCACUGCAACAGAUGAGGACACAAAUGAGAAUGGGUUGGUUACAUACAGCAUAGUAAACCAAGAAUUAAUUCCAUUCAUGAUCGAUCCUUUUUCAGGUGUCAUCACAACUUCAAAAGAGCUGGACUAUGAACUGAUGCAAAGGUGGUACCACUUACAAAUUUGGGCUUCAGAUUUAGGAACACCCUUCCGCCGUGAAACUGAGGUUCCAGUCACCCUGGUAUUAAACAACGUAAAUGACAAUAUACCAUUGUUUGAGAAAAUAAAUUGUAAUGGAAGUAUACCUGUGAAUAUGACAGCUGGAGAGCAGAUUUGGCUCCUGUCUGCAGUUGAUUUGGAUGAAUUACAGUUAAUUACAUAUGAGAUAUUGUCUGGCAACGAGAUGGACUUUUUUGACCUGAGUACUUCAGGAAAGCUUUUGCUUAAGAAAAGCUUUUCUGGUCACCGUGUUGAAAAUUUGCCCACCUUUAGCCUUAAAGUAACAGCCACUGAUGGUGAAAAUUAUGCUUUGCCUAUGGUUAUUAAUCUUACUGUCACCAGCAACGAUGUGCCACUCCACAUGCAAUGUGAAGAAACAAGAGUGGUUAGCAAGCUGGCAGAAACCAUAAUUCUUUCUAGUCGACCCCAUGAUGUUUUCCAAGAAGAUGAGGAAGAUACUUUUUCACAUAUUCAUAUUAUAAAUUAUCACCCUCCAGAGUUUGACAGUGACCUUCCAAGUUCAGUUGAUAUUAGAGAAGAUGCACCAGUUAAUUCAACUGUUAUUCAUUUUGCUGCUUCUGAUCAAGACACUGGUUUCAGUGGUGUGCUUGUCUAUGUUAUCUCUGAUGGAAAUGAUGACAGCUGUUUCACAAUAGACAUGAACUCAGGUCUGGUUAAGAUACUUUCUCCUUUAGACCGUGAAACAACAAGUUUUUAUAUUCUUAAUAUCACGGUGUAUGAUCUUGGAACUCCUCAGAAAUCAUCUUGGAAAUUGCUAGCUGUAAAUAUAUUAGAUGCAAAUGAUAAUGCACCAGCAUUUGAGCAAGAAUAUUAUUCUGUAAAAGUAUUUGAAAAUGUAGCACUAGGAACUAUGGUUAAGCAAAUAACAGCAAGAGAUAAUGACCUAGAUGAUAAUGCCAAAAUACAGUACUCACUUCUCACACCCACGGAUAAAUUCGCUGUCAAUGAUUUGACAGGAGAGAUUAACGUCGCUGGCCCUUUAGACAGGGAAUAUUGGCCUAAAUAUGUAUUAACAAUUCAAGCUAGAGAUCAUGCGAAAGUAGACAGUCAGCUCUUCUCAACAGUAGAAGUAAGUAUUAUUUUAGAAGAUGUCAACGAUAACACACCAUCCUGUAUUCCACCACUUCAGAGAGUGAAGACACUCGAAGACCUUCCAGUGGGAACAGUGGUAUUAAUGCUAGAUGCAUAUGAUCCUGACAGUGGUGAUGUGGAGAUGAUAAAAUAUAUUUUUGUCAGUGAUGGCAAUGGAACAUUUAAAAUUGAUACCUUAUCUGGAGCCAUUAGGCUAGAAAAGAAUUUGGAUUUUGAAAGUAAGGACUUCUAUAACUUAACAGUUAUAGUCAUGGACAAUGGCUCAACCAAGUCUCUUUCUUCUACGUGUCAUGUUGAAAUAGAAGUUAUCGAUGUAAAUGAGAAUUUGCAUACUCCUCGCUUUCCUUCAUUUAUAUUUAAAGGUUCUGUCAGUGAAAACUCCCCUCUGGGAACAUCAGUUAUGAAGCUGACUGCUCAGGAUGGAGACACAGGAAUGGAUGGGACAGUCAGAUACUUCAUAAGUGAUGGAACAGGAAGUGAUAUCUUCAGCAUAGAUGAAGAAACAGGUGUACUUAAGACCAGAAGACUUCUAGAUCGGGAGGAAACACCUUCUUAUUGGCUGACCGUGUAUGCCACAGAUCUUGGGUCUGUUCCACUUCAUUCCUGUGCAUAUGUUUAUAUAGAGGUUACUGACAUCAACGAUAAUGUCCCCUUAGCAGCAGAACCGGUGUACUAUGCUUCUGUUAUGGAGAACUCACCAAAAAAUGUGCUCGUUAUUCAGCUAAAUGCUUCCGAUGCUGAUGACAGCUCCAAAGGAAAAAUAACCUUCCAUGUGGGGCCAGGUGCUCACCAACGUUUCUUUAAUAUUGAUUCACAGACAGGAGUUAUUAGUACCACCUCUCACAAGUUAGACAGAGAACAAAAGGAUGAAUAUGCCUUUGAGGUCACGAUUUCAGACAAUGGUGUUCCUCCUCUACAAUCAGUUACAAGAGUUGUGAUUCAAAUAUUGGAUGAAAAUGAUAAUAGCCCUCACUUUCCAGAUAAGCUAUACAAGGUCAGCCUUCCCGAGUACCGCACCACUGUAAAUCCUGAACCUGUUUAUAGACUUAUUGCAUCUGAUAAGGACAUAGGUGUGAACGCAGAAAUCACUUACAGUAUUGAAAGUAGCAGUGAUGAAGCCAUGUUCAAGAUUCAUCCCACAACUGGAAUUAUACUCUCACAAAAUGAGUCAAAAGCAGGGGACUAUCACAUAUUAACGGUCAGAGCCACUGACAAUGGCAGAUUUCCACGUUCUUCAACUACCAAGUUACAUAUUGAAUGGAUUCCAGUACCAGAGCCUUCCACAGAACCACUUGCCUUUGAUGAACCACAUUUCAACGUUGCUGUCAUGGAAACAGACUCCGUAAACCACAUGCUUGGUGUAAUCAGUACAGAAUACAGCAGCAGUCAUGUGUGGUUUGACAUUAUUAAUGGAGAUGAUAACAAAGAGUUUGACAUUGAAAAGAACACAGGCCGUCUUGUUAUUGCAAAACCACUAGAUGCUGGAAAGAAGUCUAACUAUAAUCUUACUGUAAGAGUUACAGAUGGAACAAACAUCAUUACUACUCAGGCCUACAUUCAUGUAAUAAAUAUCAACCAGCAUCGUCCCCAGUUCCAGGAGAAGAAGUACGAAGUUCGAAUUCCUGAGGACACACCACCUGGGAGAGAGAUCCUGAAGAUCAGUGCUACAGAUGAGGAUGGAUGGAAAAGUCUGAUUUACACAAUUUACAACAGCAUAGUUUCAUCAAGCAUGAAGAAAUUCCAGUUGGAUCCAACCAGCGGCUCCUUGAUAACUAUGGAAACUUUGGACCACGAAACCCUACCAAUGCAUAUGCUAACUGUCAUGGUUCGAGAUCAGGAUAUGCCAGUGAAGAGGAACUUUGUAAGAGUUGUUAUCCAUGUAGAGGAUUCCAAUGACCACCCUCCUCAGUUCUCCUCUGUGCGGUAUGAAGGGCAUGUACUGGAUCUCUCUGCCGUGGGUACAGAAGUUCUUCAAGUUACAGCCCUAGAUCAGGACAAAGGAAGCAAUGCAGAAAUCCAGUAUUCUAUUCUGACAGGUAACACAGAGAACUUGUUUACCAUUGAUUCACAGUCUGGCAUAAUCAGAGUCGCUAAGAAACUUGACCAAUCAGCAGGGAGAAACAUUUCUCUAACAGUGAAGGCAAUUGACCAAGGUUUUCCACGGCUGAGUGAUGUCACAACUGUACACAUCUAUGUUGCAAUGUCUGAAAACACCCCUCCCAAGUUUUCUUCAAUGGAAUAUUUUACAGAAGUCAGUGAAGCCGCUGCCAUUGGUUCCCCAGUCAUCACUGUCUCAGCAACUUGCCAAACAUCAGUAACAUAUGAAAUCAAGGAAGGAAAUCUACAACAAACGUUUUUCAUCAACUCAUUCUCUGGUGUAAUUUCCACUAAUACUAGUUUAGAUUUUGAAAUGAUUUCAUCCUAUGUGCUUCUAAUAAGGGGGACAAACAUGGCUGGAGCUUUCAGUGAUGUUACAGUAUUUAUCUAUGUUGUAGACAGCAAUGACAAUCCGCCUUUGUUCACAAAGAGUGUGUUCACUGGUUACAUAUCAGAGUCUGAUCACAUAAAUAGUGUGGUUGUGGAUGAGUGGAACAUGCCAUUAUGUAUAGGAGCUACUGAUGCUGACAAAGAUGUUAACGCCUUACUCUUCUAUCAGAUUUCAGAGCCAGGGAUUCAAAAGUACUUCAGAAUAGACCCUAACAUGGGGACCCUUACCACAACAUCAAGCAUUGAUUAUGAGGUGACACCUAGUUUUCACUUUGCUGUACAGGUCCAUGACCAAGGAGUGCCACUUUUAUUUGCUCCCAUACCUGCUGAAGUGAGCAUUUUUGUUAAAGACAUCAAUGAUUCACCACCUGUGUUUUCUCAGUCAUUUUAUGAAGCCACAGUGUACUUACCUGCUCAUGAAGGCACAGGAGUUCUUUCAGUAAAAGCAGAAGACCCAGAUUCUAAUGUUACAUACUCUGUUGCUGAUGGUAAUUAUGAUAAUGUGUUUAUUAUUCACCCAAAUACAGGUCACAUCUCCGUAAGAAAUAUCUCUGACCUGGCAAGGGACUAUAGUCUUGUAGUCAGGGCCUCAGAUGGUUUACACAGAGCAACAGCCCAAGUUAAAAUUAAUGCAGUUGAAAUUAAACACAGCAGUCUUAAAUUCCUACAAAACCCGUAUCUUGCAGCAUUUCCAGAGAACAGCCAAGAAGUUAAAACAAUAGCUGUUCUCAAAGCCACAGGAGGUGCCCUUAAUGAACCACUACUGUACUCUAUUUUAAACUUUGAAGAAAAGUUCAAAGUUGUUCCAUCUUCUGGUAUUCUUCAAACAAAAGGAGAGCCAUUUGAUCGAGAAGAACAGGAUACAUAUGAAGUCGCUGUUCAGGUCAGAGACAGCAGAAACCCUCCUAGAGUAGCUCAGACUCAAGUCAGAAUUACUAUAACAGAUGUUAAUGACAAUGCACCAGAAUUUGUGAAUACUCCGUAUUACACAACUGUACAAGAUGAUGCAGAGCCUGGUGAUGUCAUCUUUCAAGUCAGCGUAGUAGACAGAGACACUGGAGAAAAUGGAGCUGUGACUUUCUCCCUUGAUGAUGACCACAACUAUUUUUGGAUUGAGCCAUUUCUUGGAGACAUAGCAAUCAAACAGUCAUUUGAUUAUGAAGCUUUAAACCAAUACAUUCUUAAAGUUAUUGCUAGGGAUGGUGGGUAUCCCUCAAUUCAAACAGAGGUUGAAGUGCUCAUUAUAGUUAGAAAUAAAUCUAACCCUUUGUUUCAGAGUCCAUAUUACGCAGUUACAGUCUCUGAAACUAUUUCUGUCUAUACACCUAUUCUUCAUGUGCAAGCCCGCAGUCCUGAAGGAUUCCGUGUGGUUUACAAUUUAGUUGGGGAAGAGUCUUUUAAGUACUUCAGUAUCGAUUUCAAGACUGGUGUUCUCAGCAUCAUUAACCAGCUGGAUUAUGAAAGCCAGAAGAAGCAUACACUUACUGUAAGAGCUACAGAUGCAGUUUUGGGUGCUUACACAGAAGCCGUAGUAGAAGUAGACGUAGAUGAUAUCAAUGACAAUCCUCCAUCUUUUUCCAAAGUCGUAUAUCAUGCUGAAGUGUCAGAAGGUCGGCCAGCAGGCACAUUUGUCAUUCAAGUCAAUGCAUCUGAUGCAGACAGUGGACGAAACAAACUUGUAAACUACCACAUUGUGAACAAUGAUUUUAAUAGCUCAGAAUUCUUCCACAUUAAUUCCGUUAAUGGGAAAAUAACCACAACUCAAGAACUAGACUAUGAAGAAGUCCAACUGUUCCAUAUAAAAGUAAGAGCUGUAGAUAAUGGAGUCCCACAACUUAGCACUGAUACUCUUAUAAUUGUCAAUGUUUCUGAUAUCAAUGAUAACCCACCAAAAUUUACUCAUCAUAAAUAUGAGGCUAAUAUAAGUGAACUGGCAACCUGUGGAUACAUUGUUUCAAGAGUUUUGGCUUUUGAUCUUGACAACAGGGAUGCAAAUAAACUGGAGUAUCGUAUUUUAUCUGGCAACGAUAAUAGGCACUUCGCUAUCAAUAGCACUUCUGGCAUCAUUUCUGUUUCUAACCUGUGCAGGCAUAACUUGGCAUCAGCUUACAAGCUCACUGCGUCUGUUUCCGAUGGAAUUUUUGAAAGUGUUGCUCCUGUUUAUAUAAAUACAGUUGGCACAAAUAAAUACAGCCCAACAUUUGACCAGGAUGUUUAUGAAGCAGAGCUAGCAGAAAAUGUUAAAAUUGGUACCAAAGUAAUUGAACUUGCUGCUGUAGAUUUAGACAGUGGAGUCUAUGGUACUGUGGAGUAUACAAUUAUAAAUAAAUUGGCUCAGGAAAAAUUUCAUAUUGAUAACAGUGGCCGUAUUGUCACAAUACAAAAACUGGACAGAGAAAAUGCUACUGAAAGGGUCAUUUCCAUUAAAGUUAUGGCAAAGGAUGGUGGAGGGAAGGUAGAUUUCUGCACAGUUAAAAUUAUUCUGACAGAUGAAAAUGAUAACUUUCCACAGUUCAAAGCGUCUGAAUACAAAAUCUCUGUUCGGUCCAAUGCCAGUAAAGGGUCUCCAAUCAUUCAAGUCAUGGCUUAUGAUGCAGAUGAUGGAAAAAAUGCUGAUGUUACUUAUUCAAUUCUUGCCAAUGAGGAAAACAGUGAAGAAUUCAUAGAAAUCAACCCUCUCACUGGUGUUGUUAGUAUUAAAGAAAAUCUUAUAAGACUGAAGCAUAAUAUUUUAAAUUUUAGUGUACAAGCUGAAGAUGGUGGCAAUCCGCAAAAGGAUUCUGCUGUCCCUCUUCAGGUUAAAGUUGUCUCCACAGAGGUGCCUUUACCAAAGUUUUCUGAGCCACUGUAUUCAUUUUCAACUACUGAGAACCUUCCAGCAGGAUCUGAGAUAGGCACAGUGAAAGCAGUGGCAGAAGACCCCGUUAUUUACAGUUUGGUAGAAGGAAACACUUUUGAGAGCAACAGGGAUGGCAUCUUUACAGUGGAUCAGGCAACAGGCACCCUACUGGUGGAUAAAGAUGUAGACCAUGAACGAUCCAAAUGGUAUCAAAUUGACAUUCUGGCUCAAUGCAUGCACAGGGAAACAGAAAUAGUGUCGGUUGUAUCAGUUGACAUUCAGGUGAAAGAUGAAAAUGAUAAUCAGCCAUGUUUUGAAGCCGAUCCCUAUAAGGUUUAUCUUAUGGAAAACAUGCCCAUUGGAACUACAGUUAUUCAGAUUACAGCCACUGAUCAAGACAGUGGACUUAAUUCACUUGUGACAUAUAGCCUCAGAUCAAAGCCUGAUGAUAUUGCAGAUAUUUUUACAAUUGAUGGGGAAACUGGCUGGAUAUCGACAUUGCAGGAGAUGGAUUGUGAGAGUAAGCAAGUGUACCGUUUUUAUGUAGUAGCCUCAGAUCAUGGCAGAAAUGUGCAGCUGUCAUCUUCAGCUUUAGUGGAGGUAAUUAUUACCGAUGAAAAUGAUAAUCCACCCCAGUUUACUUCAGAUGUUUACCAAGGCUCUGUUAUUGAAAACAGCCCUCCUGGACAACUUGUAGCUUCCUUGAUGACUACAGAUGCUGAUGUGUCCGAGAAUGGUAGACAGGUCGUGUGCCAUAUUACAGGGGGUGAUCCUUUAGGACAGUUUACUGUAGAAAGUGUUGGAGAAGAGUGGAGAAUUUUUGUGAAGAAAACGUUGGACAGAGAAAUGACAGCAAACUACUUCUUGGAAGUUACAGCAUCUGAUGGCAGGUUUCAGGCUACUGCUGUUGUUGAAAUUUAUGUACUCGAUAUCAAUGACAACAGUCCACAGUGUGACCAGAUGGUCUACACUGGAACAGUUUCAGAAGAUGCCUCGCCUGGACUGCCUAUUUUAACAGUUGUUGCUAGAGAUCCUGAUCACGGUAUAAAUGCCCAGAUUACUUACACCCUGCAUGGUACUGGAGCAAAUGAGUUCAGACUUGAUCCUGUGACAGGAGAGCUUGCAACACUUGCUUCACUGGAUAGAGAACUGAAGGCUGUGUAUGAUAUUUUUGUUAAAGCAACAGAUGGAGGUGGUCAGUCUUGUCAGAUGGAUGUGGUCUUAACUGUUACAGAUGUGAAUGACAAUGCUCCAGCCUUCUCAUCUAGCCAUUAUGCAGUAGCUAUAUUUGACAACACUACUGUAAAGAUGCCAGUGGCUGUGGUUCUGGCAAGGGAUCUAGAUGAAGGUCUCAACUCAGAUGUGGUUUAUUCUCUUGUGGAAUCAGCUAGUGAACAAUUCUCUGUUGAAUCAUCAACAGGGAUCAUUCGCCUUGAGAAAACCUUACCGGAGGAGCACCAGUCUACCUUUGAGCUGACAGUCUGUGCAUCAGAUCAGGGAUCACCAAAACAACUCUCUGCUUUUGCCACUGUAAUGGUUUCAGUUGUGGAUCUGAGUGAUUAUCUGCCUGUGUUUUUACACAGUGAGUACAUGGCUACGGUAACUGAGAAUACAAAAAUUGGGACAGAGAUAAUGAAUGUGUUUGCUCGAAUGGAGACUGGAGAAGUGACGUACAAGAUUCUCAGUGGAAAUGAGCAUGAGAAGUUCAGCAUGAAUCCUAAAACAGGUGCUUUGUAUGUGAGGGGAAGCCUUGAUUAUGAAGUAUGCCAUGGUUACUUCCUGUCUGUGGAGGGUGCAAGAGGUGGGUCCUCCACCCUGAGUGACAUUACCACAGUUAUUAUUAACGUGACAGACAUCAAUGACAACAUACCACAGUUUCUUCAAGACUCGUACAGCAUAGAUGUUAAUGAGGACACUCCUGUUGGAGAAGUCAUCCUUAAGGUAUCGGCUGAUGACAGAGAUGGGCAGAUGCAUAAUCAGAUCACAUACUCCACAGAGAAUGGGGACCCACAACAACAGUUCUUUGUUAAUCCAAUGACAGGAGAGAUUGAAGUGAACAAACACCUUGACAGAGAAGAGAUAUCCAGUUAUAUAAUGACUAUCCGUGCUAAUGACAAUGGAGACCCACCACAGUACAAGGAUGUGAAUGUAACCAUCCAAAUUACAGAUGUCAAUGAUAACCCACCCUUGUUCUUCCAGCUAAACCACAGUGUUGCUUGUCGGGAAAACAUUGCAGUUGGUACAAACCUGCUAAAUUUGCGGGUGACGGACAGAGACACUGCCUCCAAUGGCCCUCCCUUCCACUUUCGCAUCACUGCUGGUAAUGACGGGAAGAAUUUUCAUAUCACUCAUGAUGGCAUUCUGCAAACAGCUACAGUGCUGAACAGGAAAGCCAAGGAUAACUAUCAACUUCAGGUUCAGGUUAUUGAUAACGGCUACCCACCAUUGUCCUCCUUGGCAAAUGUCAACAUCCGUGUAAUUGAGGAGAGUUAUUAUGAGCCAUCUGCCCUCCCCCUGGAAAUAUUUAUCACAACCAGUGGGAAUGCUUUUAGUGGAGGAGUCAUUGGAAAAAUACAUGCAACAGACCGAGAUCCUCAUGAUACUCUCACAUAUAGCCUUGUCAGCAGUCAUCCAAGAGGAACACCAUUUUCUGUUAAUGUUGCUAAUGGAAUGAUCAUAGCCCACAACCCACUACAGCAAGGACACUAUGCCUUAAAUGUGUCAGUAAGUGAUGGGAAGUUUAAAAUACUCACCACAGUCCACGUCCAUGUGUGGGGUACAGCAACUGAUGCUCUUGGCCAUGCAGUUGCAAUUCGUUUUUCAGAUAUGACACCAGAGGACUUCAUUGGAUACUACUGGCACAAUUUUCAGAGAUUUCUGGAAAAUGCCAUUAACGUGGACAGGCAUAAUAUUCACAUUCUUAGCCUGCAGAAGACUGAAACACCUAAAAACUUGGAUGUAGUUUUGGCUGCUAAAGAAUCCUAUGCUUUGUACAGUAAUGCCCGUACUGUCAUUGAAAAGAUUGUUACAUCACGCAGCAAUAUUAAGGACUCCACUGGAAUUAUUAUAGAUAAAGUAAUUCAUCCAGUGUGCUAUGAUCAGAACUGUGCUUCACAGACGUGCCACAAGGUUAUUCAACUGAACCAAGAAAUGAUGUCCACAUACAGUACAGCACGACUCAGUGUUAUUACUCCUCAGCACGUCCUGAAAUGGGACUGCAUCUGCAAUGACACGGCUGUAGGAUUCACUGAGAGCAGUUACAUCCAGUACAGACUAAAGGAGAGCACAAUGAAUGACUUUACAGUUCACUUCCAUUUAAAGACUCAUCAGUUGCAAGCUGUACUCUUCUUCCUGAAUGGAACACAUUCUGCACUAUUACAGAUAACAAAUGGAGAGUUGAGUUUUCAAUAUAACUGUGGUGGUAAGGACAGCGGUGUUUUUUCCUUGAAGAAUUUUACCGUAAGCAAUGGGCAAUGGCAUACAGUUCAGUUGCAAAUCAAAGAAUAUUUUGUCCACCUUCUUUUGGACCACAGAUACAAUUCGUCGACUACACUAUCUGCAGUCUGUGAAAUACCUCAAUCUAAAGAGUCGGUGUUCUUCGGUGGCAUUGUGCAUGGCAAUAAUAAGCACAGAUGGGUCAAUAAAGGGUUUAAGGGAUGCCUGGAUUCUCUUGUGCUAAAUGGGAAGCAGUUAAGAAUGAAAGCCCUGCUGGAUGAACAGAUCAUAGGAAAAACAGAAGAAGUCGGUUUGCAACAAUGUUGUGCAGUUACAAGUGGUUGUGUCUCAGAUCCAUGUAUGAAUGGAGGCCAAUGUAAAGAACACCUGAAUGGAGGUUAUUUCUGCCUAUGCCUACCACAGUUUUUUGGAGACGUCUGUGAAUUUGAUAACAAUCCGUGUCUAUCAAAUCCCUGUCAGAAUGGAGGUACCUGUGUGCCAAUGAGAGAAGGUUUUACCUGCAACUGCUUCCUUCCAUAUAUGGGUCCCAGCUGUGAGAAAAGUGGUCCUUUAGGUGAAGAUGACUGCUUAAAGGAUCCAUGCUCCAAUGAUACAAACUGUGCCAACACCACCAACAGCAACGGUAAAUGCAGUGUCCAUGGUCCUGAAAUCAGUGGACAUCAUGAUGUAUAUGAGGCUGUUGCUGCAGUUGCUGGCAUCUGCUUACUGGUUGGAAUAUUCGUCCUGUUUCGUAAAUGCAUCUGUAAAAGAAAAACACACAAGCCAGUCAAAACCCAGGAUCCUGACCUUCUUCUGAAGAAUGACAUCUCUAAAAAUGUUGGUGUGGGCACAGAAUUACUGCCGCCUAUCGAGUUAAGAAAUAUGAAAGGAUCACAGAAUGACUUGGACAGGAAAUCAAGUCAAGUACCCAAAAUGAACGGGCAUACUGAGUUUAAUAGCUUCCAAUCGGGGCCGGCACAAAAACAAAGAACAACAGUGGUGUGCAGUGUAGCACCAAACCUUCCAAACCCUCCACCGUCAAACUCAGACAAUGAAUCGAUCCUGAAAAGCACAUGGGAUGGAGAAUAUGAUGUGUAUCCAGAAGAUCCUGUAUACUGGCCACCUCAACAAAACACAUCUCAUGUUCAGGAAUUCCAGGUCUUUGAUACCACAGAAGAGGUGCGUCCUCUUUCAUGUCAGAUUUCACCCCCUAGGGACAGAGAACCUGGGCCUUUUGGUGGUUUUCCCUUCCCUCUCCACAACUCAAGCAAACGGGCUCCUAUUCCUCCUUGCUAUAGCAACCAGAAUCUUGAGGACUUCCUGGUCCCCAAUGGACCCAACUUUCAGUCUUCACAUUGCCAGAAGGAGUAUACAGCAAUCAGCUACUACCCAGAUGAACGACUAGAAGGUGGUGGGACAGGUUAUCUUGUAGAGGCUGGUCAAAAAAAGGUUAAUGUCCGGCUCAGUAUGGCUCAUCCUUCUUAUGCAGAGCAUGGGACCUCCCCAAGAGUAGUAACACGUAUAAAUUCCCAAUGCACCUAUGAUGGAUCAGAUAUGGUGGAGAGUGACUAUGGGAGCUGUGAGGAGGUCAUGUUCUAAUUCGCAGUGACUUUGUUUCAGUUUAUAAGUUGUCAGGGAACUUUACUUUCUAGACCACAGUGGACAUGGUUUCAGUAGCAUGAGCAAGUACCAUGCUUGGUCUUAGUCUGUCAAAUGAAUGCUGAAAUCUAACUGACAUCUAACAAGUAUCAGACUAAAAGUAAAUGUCUUUGUGUAUCAACUUUAAAGGCAUUGGAGUAGCUCUGAUUUAUGGCAUGUACUUUCACCUGAAACCACUGGAGCAAACUUCAAAUUAGAUGGAGUGGAAUACGAACUGAAAUGUUAUGCAGAACAUUAUUCCUUAAUUAUUGGUACAGCUUCAUUUACAUGGAAUUGCCUAUGUCAUGUGGUGUAAUAAUCAUUUGUCUUCUUUCUCUGCUGCUGGACAGCUGUUCGUUCCUAGUAUAUGUUCCUGGUGUUGUACACCUAAGUGGGGUAGUGAUGCAGAUCUGUCCCUGCAAAGAUUUCUGAUAAAAAGAAAAACAUGUAGAAAACUAAAAAAAACAAUGCUUCUAUUAAAAAGAUGAACUUUUUGUAUAUGCAUUUUCACCUGUUUAUAAAGUCAUGCCGUUUUCUUUACAGUGAGUGGAUCCAAUGCAGUCUGCAGGUUUGAUACUGAUGAAGUUUGAAUUUAAAAGGAAGAAGAAGGCGGUAGAGAUGUGGCAAUCAGAGAGUCAAGCACAGAAAAGGAUAAAACAUUUAGCUAUGGUCUUUGGUACAACAUAGUUACAACCCAUUUAAGCAAUGUCUGCUGACUGCAACUGGCUUGCACUGAUUUACUGAAUACUGAAAUACUGGCAGUAAGCUUAAAUGAUAUUAUGUGGAUCCACAUCAGACAGUCAGUUGCCGUCCUUAAGCUACAUAUGCAUUUUCUCUAUUUCUGCUAAUUUAAUACCUACGUAAUUACCAGAGCAGCUUGAAGGGGAGUCAUAAACAGGAAUUAAUUGCAAUGCACUUGACUUCCUGCUGCAGAUUAGAUGUUAUCUGCAGCAAACAAAUGACUGAUUGAUUAACUUUCAGUUUUAAAAGAAUUAUUCUUUACUGAUUGAUUAACUUUCAGUUUUAAAAGAAAUAUUCUUAAGUGGGCAAUUCUUGCAUUCUUUCUUUUUACUUCUUCAGUGUUUGUGUGCGUGCAAAGAAUGGCCGACAUGCAAAGACCUAGUCAUGUAUAUUGUGCAAUUUUAUAUAUGAGUGGUGUGUAUUUACAUGCAAGAAUGUGGGUGGGAUGGGGCUGAUGAAAACUGUUUUAACAUUGGUACCAAUGUCCAGUGCCACAACAUAUGUAGCCAUAAAAGAUAUAUCUGCUCUUACAUUGUUUCAUGGGUAAGGAAUUAAUAAGCAUAGAACGUCACAAUCACAAAAGUGUCAUUUUUUUCUCUGCUUCAAACCCAAAAAUGUAUACAGUGAUGCGAUGCAGUUCAGCUCCCUUUUUUUCUGCUAGCUAUUGAAAAUAAUGAAUGGGUAGAAUGAACAUUCGCCUUUUUAUAUUUGUAGGUAUACCACAGUAUAAGUCCAAAUGAUUCCCAAAAAAGUUUAGAGGAGAACCCGAAACCAGUACUAUAUGCAUAAUGCUAGCUUCUGAACACUUGUGCAUUUAUUACCAUGUUUUUUGUUACUAGUGAAGAUUUUUAAGUGUUUAGUUUUCUAUAACUUUGUGAUUUUAUACCAACAGUGGACGCUUCAUAAUAAGGUGGGAUGACCGUGACCAUAUUCUUGUACGUGGUAACAACAAGGCAAAUGUUACAUGUUUUGUUGUAAUUACUAUGAGAUCAGUUGCACUAAUGUAUAUGUAUAUGUGGAUAGGUGGGUGGGGGGGUGAAGGAGGCAGUGGGACUGUUGUACAAACGUUCAUGUUACCUUUUAUUUCAUCCAAAGUCAUAUUAAUGAGGAUUCUGCCAACUUUAUUACUUUUUUAUGAUUUAAAUUUUGACCCUAUUACAUGGCUUUCAGAAAAAGUGGAAAUGUUUUAAUAAAAUUGGCAUUCCCUUCUCUAACAGUUCUCCAAUCAGGUAUAAGCAUGCCAGAAGCUUGAGUAAAACAGAAUGAGAAGCAUUUUCGUUUUUCCUAGCACUGUUUUAUGUAUAAAGUAUUUCAUAUAUAACUUGCAGAUGGGUAGGAAAAGGAUCAUAGCAGUAUUUUUGUAAAAAAAUAGUCUAAUAAACUUGAAAAAAAAAAACAGAUGGUAAAAAAACAUCAUAAGAUGUCAGAAUGUAAUGGACCUAUAUCAGCUUUUGUAGAAGAUAAAUACUGCAAUAUAGAUGGUAAGAAAACUAUAAGUAAACUAGAAAAGAAAAAAAAAAAUAAUGCACGCUUUCAGUUUUAUUGCCCACUACAACAUAUGUGUUUCAUUUGGAUGUGUGCUUUCAGACUUUUUGUACUUGUAAUGUGCUUCAGACAUGUUCAAAAAUAACAGGAUUUUCUCCUGACACAGUUCAAGUCUAAUUAAAAUUUCAGAGAGUUUACGUAUGUUUCCACGUUCCACGUUUUAUGAUAGGUAUAAUCAAGUGCGUUGUAUUGUUUACUUUUUUCAUUACUGUCCUCGGUAUCAACAUAUUCUUAUGCUGAAGAUGUGUUGUCAGAUAUAUUUAAUAUGGGCUUCCCAUGUUUAAAUAGUGUUUCUCUGUGAGAGUUUUAUCUUUUUUUUAAUUUUAAAUGCAAUAAAAUACUUUUUUUUUUAUUUUAA